GCGCUUGUUGGGAACAAGGCCGACCUUGACAACUUGCGCACGGUUUCAACAGAUGAAGCUCGGGCUUAUGCAGAGAGCAACUCCAUGUUCUUUACGGAGGCGUCGGCGAAAACCGCCGGCAACAUUAACGAGCUCUUCGAGGAGAUUGCAAAGAGGCUGCCUCGGGGCCAGCCCUCACUGACUGUAAAGCAACAGUGAAACGCCCCCAGUCUGUGUAACCAAAGAGUUUAGAAGGUCAGCUAUGGUCUGUAGAUAAAAGGUCCGUCAAUGGCAGCAGUGGCUUUGUGUCUUGGGCUACCUCGAGUCGCGACCAAGAUGAGUAUCUGUCCGCAGUCUAGCCCUUUAAGUACAAAGCAUCUCAGACUCCGGAACGGCUCAGGGCUGAGAUUCCAUUGUGUCUCACAGGAUAAAGAAGAUGAAAUUACUGCAAUACCUUCGUCCACAGAUACUGCUAGUGUUUCUUGGAAUCAACCCAAGUACAGGGUCAUUCUCAUGGCUUCUCUCGCGUUCGUGAUUUGCAACAUGGACAAGGUGAACUUGAGUGUAGCUAUUAUACCGAUGUCGCAGCAGUUUGGAUGGCCGGCAACAACUUCUGGAUUAGUUCAGUCGUCGCUGUUUCUGGGAUACGCUUUCAGCCAGUUGCCUGGUGGAUGGCUUUCACGUAAAUUUUCUGGAAAAUAUGUGUUGCGUGGUGGUGUCUUUCUUUGGUCGUUGGCAACUAUGGCUGUCCCACUUUCAGCCCGAUAUCUACCAUUAAUUCUGGCAAGCCGGGUGAUGGUCGGUGUCGGCGAAGGCGUGUCUCCUUCAGCCGCUACCGAUCUCGUAGCAAGAACAGUAAGUGCGAACGAGCGUUCGCGAGCGGUCUCUGUUAUUUUCGGUGGCCUCAGCGUUGGAAGUAUAGCGGGGCUGCUUUUCGCUCCUGUUUUCAUUGAAAACUUUGGAUGGCAAUCUGUUUUCUACGUCUUUGGUUUGCUCGGCCUUUUCUGGUGCCUUCUGUUCAAUCCGGAAGGAUGCGAUUCAGAGACAGAUCAAGCAGCUGCUGACAAUGAGACUGGACAACCGUCAAAGGUCCCUUGGAGCGCUUUUUUCAGAAGUCCACCAGUCUGGGCGAUGAUUUAUGCCCAUUUCUGUGGAAAUUGGGGAUAUUUUACACUUCUUUCCUGGAUGCCGACAUUUGUCAGUGAUGAGCUACACCUGAAUCUGACUAAUGCAGCACUGAUAUCAAUUCUUCCUCCUCUAGCAUCUGUUCCAGUAACAAGCUUUGCGGCUGUCUGGGCUGAUAGCAUGAUCACAUCUGGACUAAGCACCACAGUGGUGAGAAAAAUCUGCCAAAGCAUCGCUUUUCUCUCUCCAUCAGCUUCCAUGAGUAUUGUCUCAUUGGUUCCUAGUCUACCACCGUGGUCGGUCAUACUGCUUCUAACCGGUGGUAUUGGAUUGUCAAGUUUCGCGCUGUCAGGGCUUUACUGUACACACCAAGAUAUAUCACGGAAGUACGCCGGCAUUCUUUUGGGCAUAACAAAUACUGCUGGUGCAAUUCCUGGAGUGGUAGGAGUUGCGGCAACCGGUUACAUUUUCGAUCAAACCGGUUCCUGGACGGAGCCAUCGUGUGGAACGUCUUUGCAAGCAGCCAACCCCAAGAUUUCGAGUAAAUCAUGCGAAGUCUUUUUUGUUCUCGGCCAUUGUUUGUUAUCAUUCUUACAUGUUCAUAAACUAUGGAUCAUUUGGAAACUACAGACAAGUGGUUCUUUCUAUUUCUACAAGACUGUGGGAAAGAAAUCCAAGCAUCACGCUUGCAUACGACGGCUGUGAGUUCCUGUUCAACACGGUGGAGUCCUCUCUCGCGGAUGCGUAUGGCUAUCGCAUGACAUUGUGACAAUGUAGCAAGUGACAUGUGACAAUGAUAGUCUGAAUUCUAAGACUGUGAAGCAAUCAUGUUCAUGAAAUAAAAAUGUGUGAUAUAUCAUCUCA